UCCCCCCCCAGGGGGCGCCCCUUGGGCGCGCUUCCGCCCGGCUUCUUCCCCGCUCCCUCCCGCCGGAAGUGUGAUGUGGCCGCGAGCGGGUAGCCAUGUCUGCCAUCUUCAAUUUUCAGAGUCUACUGACUGUAAUCUUGCUACUCAUAUGUACGUGUGCCUAUAUCAGAUCCUUGGCUCCCAGCUUACUGGACAAAAAUAAAACCGGACUAUUGGGAAUAUUCUGGAAAUGCGCCAGGAUUGGUGAACGGAAGAGCCCCUACGUGGCUGUGUGCUGUGUUGUGAUGGCCUUCAGCAUUCUGUUUGUACAGUAGCAACUGGAGAGUGUCCCCUACGCCCUACAACCAAACAGCAGAGCAUGGAAGACCUUCUGGCAGGAAAAGAUGGGAAGGUGUCAUCAAGUCUCAUCUCACACAUUGGAUAGCCUGUCUCUUAGUGCACCCCCCACUCACCCACCCCCCCGCAAACAGACGGUCAUGUAAAACAGACGGUCAUAUACAGUAUUAGUCAUAGUAAUGUAACCAACUCCAGGUGACAUGUACUUACUAAUGUCACGUCAGUAGUGACACUCCUGAUGUAACUCUUGAAAUACUGAGUUUCACAGGAGCUUUUUUUACACCGUGCAGUUGAAAAGUCUUUUAAGUUUUUGUUUCUAGACCUGUUUAAUGAAACUUUAAAAUGAUAAAUCUAGCAAUAAGACCACUCUCACAAGAAUAAAGAACAUUGUGACUCUAGGAUAUGUUUACAAAAGUAUUUUCAGUUCUUUACUGUCUGAACAAUUCCUGUCAUUUUGUGAUAGCUAUACUUGCAUACUAAAAAUAUGACCUCUGGCCUAAGUUACAUUCAGCUUUUGUUUUCUAAGCUUGUAAUUCCUCAAAUAAUCUAUCAAUAUUUUUAUUGUUAAGAAAAGAUAUGGAUGAAGGCAGGGCCCAUAACUGUAGUGGUAUCUGACUAGCUGCUGAGAAGGCACAGAUGUGGGCUUUGAGAACCUGGACUGCUUGGUGUAAAAUACCAUAUGUAUCCAUUUUUAGAGAUCUAGGUCUCAGGUAAAUCAUUCCCCAACUUUUUUCAAUAUUGUGAGAGAAGGAUUCCAAAGGCUGUGCUGCUGUUGUUGUGUGUGAUACAAGGUUGCUAAAUCAGCUAAGUGAACAGUUAGCUUCUUAAGAGUCUGCAGAUAGGAAAGUUGCAUGUCCCAAUAUUCUAAAGGUUGAAGAAAACAACUAAAUUAGAUUGCAGUCACUAUUAAUAAAUAUUAGAUUAUCUUUAGUAAUACUUUCCAUUAGCAUUUAUUUUAUAAUUUUGCAAAUUUUCAGUAAUCUAGUAACUUAUUUUAAUAAUACUUGACAGGUGUGUUUACACUAGACAGCUGUAUGACUUCAUAUUUACUGCAUUUGAGAGUUGUCUGUCAGCACUAUUUUUUGGUGUUCUGAAAAGGUAUGUCAUCAGAAUGAGCUAAGCUGGCAAUAAACACACACUGAGAGGUA